AUGAGUGCCUCAGCACUGUUGAAGAGCCGUGUGCGGCGGCCCUCGUACUUGAAGAAGCUUGCUAAAGCUGAAGAUCUUCUGCACCACUUCCCCAAUGGCGCCUACAUUGGAUGGUCUGGAUUCACUGGCGUUGGAUACCCCAAGAUGGUUCCAGUCGCCAUGGCCGACCACGUUGAGAAGAAUGGCCUAGAGGGGCAGUUGAAGUACAACUUGUUCGUGGGUGCUUCCUCCGGCGCGGAGACAGAGAACCGCUGGGCUCGCUUGAACAUGAUUGAGCGACGCAGCCCUCACCAAGUUGGAAAGGAAAUCGCCAAGGGAAUCAACAAUGGACAGAUUAAAUUCUUCGAUAAGCAUCUGAGCAUGUUUCCCUCGGACUUGGUCUAUGGCUGGUACACCCUGAACAAGCCAGAGCCCAGAAUCGACGUGGCCGUCAUUGAGGCUUCGGCCAUCACCGAAAACGGUGGUAUCAUUCCCGGUGCCUCUGUCGGUGCCUCGCCUGAGCUCGUCCAAAUGGCCGACAAGGUCAUCAUCGAGGUCAACACCUCCAGCCCUUCUUUCGAGGGUCUGCACGACAUCGUGGGAUCUGACCUGCCUCCCGGCCGGAAGCCCUACCUCAUCAUGGCCCCCGAGGACCGUAUCGGAACUUCUUACAUCCCCGUUGACCCUGAGAAGGUCGUUGCCAUCGUCGAGUCCAACUACCCGGACCAGACCCAGCCCAACGCCCCAGAGGAUGAGGGCUCCCAGGCCAUCGCAACCAAUCUGAUUGAAUUCCUCAAGCACGAAGUCAACCACGGUCGCCUCCCACCCAACCUCCUCCCCAUUCAAUCCGGCAUCGGAAACAUCGCCAACGCAGUCGUCGGCGGUCUCAGCAAGGGCGGCGCCGACUUCAAGAACCUCAAAGUCUGGACCGAAGUCCUCCAAGACUCCUUCCUGGACCUCUUCGACAGCGGCAACCUGGACUUCGCAACAGCAACCUCAAUCCGCUUCUCCCCAGACGGCUUCAAGCGCUUCUACGACAACUGGGAAAAAUACGCCGGAAAGCUCCUCCUCCGCUCCCAACAAGUCUCCAACUCCCCCGAAAUCAUCCGUCGCCUCGGCUGCAUCGGAAUGAACACCCCCGUCGAAGUAGACAUCUACGCCCACGCAAACUCAACCUGCGUAAUGGGCUCCCGCAUGCUGAACGGCCUAGGUGGCUCUGCAGACUUCCUCCGGAACUCCAAGUACAGCAUCAUGCACACGCCCAGUGUUCGUCCUUCCAAGACCGAUCCCACUGGUGUUAGUUGUAUCGUUCCUUUCGCUACCCACAUCGAUCAGACAGAGCAUGACCUCGAUGUUAUUGUUACUGAGCAGGGUCUGGCUGAUGUUCGUGGUUUGUCGCCUAGGGAGCGUGCUCGUGUCAUUAUCAAGAAGUGCUCGCACCCUGAUUACUACCCCAUUCUCACGGAUUACCUUGAUCGUGCGGAAUUCGAGUGUCUGCGUAAGGGUAUGGGCCAUGAGCCCCAUAUGCUUUUCCAGGCUUUCAAGAUGCAUCAGAACUUGCAGGAGAAGGGUACUAUGAAGAUUGACUCUUGGGAGUAG